AUGGUGAAAGUUAUAAGGUCGCAGCUCGGAGACUUGCCCACUGUUCUCGAAGACACUUUUUUGAUAUCCAGCGAUCCUAAAUCAAAAUUCAGGCAAACAUUUAUCGUAAUAACUAAUUCGAUCAUGUCCAUUACUUGCGCCGUCUCGAUUUAUUUCCUCGGGCUAGAGAGGAGCCUCGAAGGUGCAGCCAAUUUCGCUGUCCUCACCGCCACCAACGCGAUUAAGCACAUAAUAUACUAUUUCAGAAAAGAAGAAGUCAAGAAGUUGCUAGAUAUAACCUUGAAGCUCCAGAAGGAGCACAAAGAAGAUUGGGAACGAAGAAUGUUCGAAACAGGUUCCAAAGAUGCUUGGGAUGAUGUACACAAGUUCAGUUGUAUCCUGACGUCAUAUGUUGUAUUCGUUCUGGUCAUACCGUCUUUGACGGAUUUCUUCAUCGGGAUAUUCUUUCCAGAUGGGAUUUCUAUUUCAGUUCACUUGCCAUGCGAAGGGUUGAUGGACUUUUUGGAACCACGGAGUUUAGAAAAGCUCGCUUUUACGGUUGUGGUGCUUAUGUGGUGUUUCGAAGCGAUAACUAUCCACAUAGGGUCAGAGUCUCUGACUUUCAUACCAAUAAUGUACACUAAAAUUGAAUUGAAAAUUAUCAUCAAUAAGCUCUUUAUAAUUAAAAGUCUUUUGACCGAAAGGAAAUUCGGUUAUGAAAACGAAACGAAGAAACUACUGAGGGAAGUUAUAACGCAGCACCAGAUGAUCUUAGAGUAA